GCGAUGCACUGAGAGGAUCCGGGGCAGGAAUAUGGGGCCGAUUGUGCUCUCUGCGCUCAUCCUGCUGGUCGUGGUGAGCGCCAGAGCGGCUAUCAUAUUUACUAAAGAGCCGUCCUCCCAGGAUGCAUUGCAUGGAAGGAGUGCCAUACUGCGCUGUGAAGUCGAAGAGCCUGUGGCAUUGCAGUUUGAGUGGCUGCAGAAUGGGGUGCCAGUACGUGACACGGAGAGGCGAUACCAAGAUGGCGGGAGUCUGACAUUCACGGCUGUGGACAGAAAACAAGAUGGCGGGACCUUCCAGUGCGUUGUCCGUAACCCGUCCACAGGGGAAGAGGGGAGGAGCAACAUCGCUUCCUUCAACAUCAAGUGGAUAGAGAGCGGCCGUGUCACGCUGCAGGAUCCGGCUAGUGCCAGCGACAUCCAGAGCUCCUCUCGGGUCACAUUGAGAUGCCACAUAGAUGGACACCCACGUCCAAUCUGUCACUGGUUCCGAGAUGGGACCCCAUUAGCGGAUGAUGGGCAGGCCACCUCGUUGAGUAACAAGGAGCGCACACUCACUCUGCACAGCGCAGGAGCAGAUGAUAGCGGGGAGUAUUACUGCUGCGCCCACAAUGCAGCUGGGUCUGUCUGCAGCAAUCGCAACUUCACCCUGAGUAUUAUAGACGAGAGCUUCCCACAGGCCGUGGUGAUUCCAGAGGAUCAGGUUGUGAAUAAGAACGAGGACGCCAUGUUUCACUGUCAGUUCAGUGCCACGCCACCCCCUAGCCAGGAAUGGUUCUUUGAAGAUCAGGUUCCUCUUAGCAACAAGAGUCGCAUCACUGUGUUCCAGAAUGGUUCCCUGCUCAUCAGCUCGGUGAGGCCACGUAGCAGUGGGGUCUAUAGCUGCGUGGGCACAGGGUAUAGCGGCAAGAAAGCUGUUCUCAAGGCCUCUCUGCAUCUGGCAGAUAUAGAUGAAAUGCGGCCCCUCCCCCCACGAGUUUUAACAGCAGACCUGGUUCAGCGCAUUGCCUGCGAUCGUCCACAAGGAAUACCCCCACCUAGCGUCUGGUGGGAGAGAGAUGGAAAGCGAGUCGCUGCUGAGGGCAGAGUUUAUCAGGAUGGCAUGGAGUUGGUAUUCAAGCCCAUUAUUGAGGAGGAUUCCGGCCAAUACAUAUGUCAUGCUGCCAACAAGGCUGGUGAACGCAGACAAGAACUGCAAAUCACUGUUGCGACGGUUCCAGAGUGGCUGGAGAGACCGACAGACAGUUUGAUGGAGGAGGGCAAACCCGGAUUUCUGCAUUGUCUAAGCAAAGCGUCUCUUAAACCCAACAUAACCUGGUACCGUAACAGCAACCCCAUCAGCAAGGAUUCUCGCUUUGAGGUAUUUCCUAAUGGGACGCUAAAGAUCUUGCAGGUAGAGGUGUAUGAUGGAACCGUGUACAGAUGUGUGAGCAGUACCCCUGCCGGCUCUAUUCAUGCCCAGGCCCGGGUGCAAGUGCAAGAAAAUCUGAAGUUCACUCCAAUCCCCCGCCCACAACAGUGCAUGGAGCUGGAUAAGGCGAUAACAGUGCAUUGUUCUGCCACAGGACGUGAGAAGCCCACUAUACAGUGGAUUAAAGGUGAUGGAAGUGACCUCCCUGCACACGUGGAGUCUAAUGCAGGCCUCCUUCACUUCCAGCCUGUGACCCGGAGGGAUGCUGGGAAUUACACAUGUAUUGCUUCUAACAGCCAGCAGGGGAAGAUACAAGCAGCCGUGCACCUGACUGUAGCAGUCCUGAUCAGCUUCAAGAUAGAACCAGAGAACACGACUGUGUAUCAGGGCCACACAGCGGUACUGCACUGCCAAGCAGGAGGCGACCCUACCCCACACAUCCAGUGGCAAAGUAGAGACGUCAUGGUGGAUAUCAAGCAUUACCCACGAAUACAGAUUAUGCCAAAUGGCUCACUAGUCAUUUACCAUGUGACCAAUGAGGAUGCUGGCAAAUACGCUUGCAUUGCUGGAAAUGCCUGUGACAUCAAGCACCGAGACACGUUUCUAUAUGUUGUGGACAAGCCACCAGGGGGAGCCAGUGAGCCAGAUUCCCCAUACAAACUGAUCCAGACAAUUGUUCUCUCUGUUGUUGCUGCUGUCACUUACAUGAUCAUAGUUUUGGGGCUCAUGUUGUACUGCAAGAAGCGCAGAAAGUCUCGGAGACUUGACAAGCAUGAGGGAGAUGAGCCAGAAAUGGAGUGCCUGAAUGGUGUUACAUUGCUGCAGAAUGGCCAGACCACGGCUGAAAUCCCUGAAGAGAUUCCACUCACCACACUGAGCAACAAGAGACACAGCUCUGGCGACAAGAUCACUUUCCCUCGUGCCAGCCUACACCCAAUCACAACCCUCGGUCGGGGUGAAUUUGGGGAGGUGUUCCUGGCUAAGGCUCCCAGUGCGGAUUCAGCUGCAGGGGAGUUGGUGGUUCUGGUGAAGGCACUUCAGACCCGGAAUGAACAGCUUCAGAUGGAUUUCAGGAGGGAAUUAGACAUGUUCUCCAAACUGAACCACGCUAAUGUGGUGCGCCUGCUUGGGCAGUGCCGAGAGGCAGAACCACACUACAUUGUCCUGGAAUAUGUUGACCUGGGGGAUCUGAAACAGUUUCUGCGGAUUUCCAGGAGCCAAGAUGAGAAGCCGAAGCCCUUAAGCUCCAAGCACAAGGUAUCUCUCUGUUCUCAGGUGGCGCUGGGGAUGGAGCACCUGUCUAACAGUCGCUUUGUACACAAGGACCUUGCAGCCCGGAACUGCCUCGUCAGUGCCCAGCGGUUGGUGAAGGUUUCUGCCCUGGGCUUGAGCAAGGAUGUGUACAGCAGCGAGUACCACCCCCUUCGACAGGCCAAGGUGCCCCUCCGCUGGAUGCCUCCCGAGGCAGUUCAGGAUGAUGACUUCUCCACCAAAUCAGACGUCUGGUCCUUUGGGGUGCUAAUGUGGGAGGUCUUUACCCUGGGGGAGCUGCCUUAUACCUCCCUGCCUGAUGAGGAGGUGCUUGCUGGUUUACAGAAUGGCUCCCUAAAGCUUCCGGCCCCAGAGGGAUGUUCCUCUAGGGUCUACAGACUCAUGCAGCGCUGCUGGGCCCCCAGCCCCAAGGACCGACCUUCCUUUAGUGAAAUAGUCAACACACUGGGGGAUUUAUCUUCCAGCAAAAAGACUCAAGGGUGAGCCUUGGGAUCUCUCUGAUACCGAAUAAGCACAGCGUUUGCCUCAGGAGAUGUUAACACAAUAAUGACAGAUGGACAUUUGGCCACACAAUCCCUAUAUGCUGAGAUAUAAAUGGACAUAAUCCCGGCAGCAAAUCAGAGGCUUAUAAUCAGGUGGGUUGAUAUGAACUUCUGGCGACUCUACUUCAUUCCUUCCAAUUGUGGAACACACUAAAAGCACCAUGACCGCAUGUUUGCCCUCUCACCCCCUUUUACGUCUGUACGUACAUAGAGAAGAAGCAGGUCAUUAACACUAAUUGUAUGUUUCACCCCCAUAUUUAUAUAGUCUCUAUCAUGUUACUUUGUCGGUACAAGGGAGUACAGCCCUUUGAGAGUACAGCUGCUUUAUGAGAAAUCAUUUAUAGCUGAGACUUUGAGCUGGAAGGCUAUGGGUCAGUGGAGGACCUUGAUCCUGGCAGUAAAUGGUUUCAUGGAGGACCUUGAUCCCUGGAGGCAGAUGGGUCCAUGGGGGGCCUUUAUCCAUGGCCUUUAUCCAUGGCAAGAGAUGAGUCCAUGAGAGACAUUUUUUACUGAAAGAAGGUGGGCAAAGUGGCCCAUGUAGAGAUAACUGUGCAACCUGGAACUGUAAAAUCUACUAGUAGAUGCUACAUUUCCAGGCAUUUAAAAUGUUAAAUCCAUUCUUGCCCUGUAGAGGACAAAAUUCAAGAGAUUUAGCACUUUCUUUUUCACCACUAUUUCUGUUUGCUCCAAGAGUAGAGAGAGAAUUUCUCUUCUCCUCCCAGGCAACUCUGUCCUUCUGUCUCUCUCCUCCCAGGCCCUCUGACUCUCGCCUCCCGGGCCUUCUGACUCUCUCUUCUCAAGCCCUCUGUCUUUCUCCUCUCAAGUCUCCUCCCGGGCCCUCUGUCUUUCUCCUACGGGGCACUCUGUGUCUUUCCCCUUUGCCUCUCCUCUCUGGCCCUAUGUCUCUUCUCCUCCCGGGACCUCUGUCUCUCUCCUCCCGGGCCCUCUGUCUUUCUCCUACGGGGCACUCUGUGUCUCUCUCCUCUCAAGCCUCCUCUCUGUCUCUCUCCUCUCUGUCCCUCUGUCUCUCUCCCCCCGGGCCCUCUGUCUCUCUUGGUAACUCUCACUCUUUUUCCAGGCCUGGAGUAGAGAUGUAAUGUCUGUUCUUCUUCCGUUCCCUCUGUCCUUCUGUUUCUACUGAGGCCCUCUGUCCUUUUGUCCCCCACUCCCAGGGUUGUACUCCACCAUGUUGCUGUCACAUUUUGUUACCAUUCUUAUUUGUAUUGUUGAUGUUGCCUAAGGCUGCUGUUUGUUAUGGGCAAGUACACUAUGGGGGAUCGCUGCCUUUUUUGACUGACGUCACAGCAAUGAAAUGGCCCAUAAUUCCUAUGGCACACGGCUACAUAUUGAUUGAUAGCUCAGAUACUGGUGUGAGAUUUGCUCCCCGUUGCCAUAGGGAUGAAUGGGGCACAACUUGCUGGAAUUCCCCCAGUGAUCCAGUUUUCCUUAAUAGAGCAAUGCAGCCGGCCCCUUGUAUAACCAGUAACCCUCACACUAAGUGCCUGUAUCAUGAAGGAGUUCCGCCAGGGCAGGCCUUAUAUUUUGUUUUACGAACUUUUUUUAUUAUUUGUUUUUAUAUCCAAGUUUAGAAUUUAUAUUACUGGGCCAUGGUACCGCCCACAUUUGACUUUUGUUUUAUCUAUUGCCCAUAAUAAAUGACUUAUGUUUUAUAUAA